GCGCAGCCAUCUUUGUUCUGACUCAAAUUUGCGCUGAACGCAGAAAGAAAAAGGAAGCUGCGCACCGGUAAAUCUGAAACUAUUUCCCGCGACAUGGAUGUUUAGCAAAAGUACAAGAAAAAACUCCAUUUCAUUUUUUUUAGCUAGCUGGACUAGUUUAUACUGUGCUAUACAACUUAGCUUCUAGCUAUGGUUCCAUCUGUUCUAGAUGUAAAUGUAGCUGCUAGCCACAUGUAGCUGCUAGCUGAGAAGUUGGUUUAGUAACACACACUCCGGUUGGUACCAUGGACAGAGAGUGUGUGUCGCUGCUGCCCCGGGUCUGUGAGGUGCUGGCGGCCUCAGGGAGCUCUCUGCCCGAUGACACCAGCUUGGAGAAACUGCUUGACUGGUUCACAGAGGUCACCAAGGCUGGUACGUCUCUGCUGGAGUCCUGCCCAUGUCUGCUUGAAUUCAUAUCCAGUGUGGUCCGCAACACAACUCUGGACCCCAGCAUCCUCUCUUUCACUCUCAGACUCACCGGCUUAGUCGCUGUAACCGAGGAUGCCUUCACAGUUCUGCAGCAGUCCUCUGUUCUGGACCUGGUCUUUAACCUUCAGCACUGGCAGGAAGCAGGACUCUGGGAGGAUCCCUGCAUACGGAUUGGCUGGAUCCAGGGCUUAAGAACCAUGAUGCAGCACCCAAAGGCUCUUGGCUUCUUUGUACAAGCAGAUUUCCUCAAGCCCCUCCUUCAACUCCAGACAGACAAAAGCUUAUUCGUCGCCUCAGCUGCCAAUCAAAUGCUGGCCCACGUCCUGCUCUCCUGUCAGUCCGUCUCCUCGGUAGAAAGUAACGGCGUGGACGAGGAAGGAGAAGAUGUUGGGAGGUCGAGUGGCUCCAUUGCAGACUUAGAAUACCCCGCUAUCACCGUGGAAACCAAUCAGGAUUACGCUGCUGUUGUCACAGCGAUCUCAGAGUGCCUGAAGAAGUCGCUGGUUCCCAGAAAAAACUCACAACUUCACCAGAGUCUGCAGAUCCUCAAACUUCUAGCCCUGCUGCUGGCCCAGACCAGAGCUCCGCUGUGGGAGAAGCUGCUGCAGAUGGUCGCUGACUCUGUGGACGAGCUGCUGGCGGCCGGCUACAGUCAGCUAGUUCUGCCUCUGAUGGACGUCAUUCUAGCUGCACACAGCAGCUGCGACGCUAAUCGUCGUGUCACAGACCAGCGCGUCUCCCGUCUUCUUUCAUUCAUGUUGAACAUCAGGAAACCCGCCGACCUCAUUCAGGCAGCAGCUGCUUUUCUCCGCCGAGGCCGUCAUGACCUUGUUCACACGGCCCAGAGUGCUCGAGUGCUGCUGUUACCCCUCGACAUCAUUACCGGCCUGAAUCUGCUCACCACCACAGCAGACGAGCAACAGUUCUCGAUGGUGGAGCAGCUGAAGAAUAAAACCUCCUGCAUCUCCAUGAUCUGCGUGUGUUUGACAAACACACCACAGAUCACACUGACGGCUGCUGACUGCCUCCCCUGUCCUCCAGUGUUAAUUGUCACUGCAGUUCUGUCAUUAUUGAGGCUCUGCAGCGGCGACUUUUCGUCCUCGUCCUCCUCUUCUUCCAGCUGUCGUGACGUUUCCAGGAACAUCAUCGGCAGCAGCAAAGUUCAGAAAUGUGCUCUGGAGGCUCUGAUAGCCCUUAGUGGCAGUCCAGGAGUGGAAGUCAAGUUGCCCGAAGUGGUCACACUUCUUGUACAAUAUCUGGACAAUCCCCAUUCCGACCCCACUGUACUGCAUAAGUCCUACCAGGCCUUAGUGAGGUGGAUGUCUGUUUGCUCAGACCUGUCCUCCAUAACAGACCAGCACAGACAAGAUCUCCUCCAGGUGGCGACGAAACGUUCCUGUGACAUUCGUUGGGAGGUGAGAGACUCGACCGUGGAGUUUCUGGGACGCCUGGCCGGGGUGAGCGUCGUCCAGACGACCGCCGAGGAGGUGUCAGAUGCGUCAGUUGCCCUGCUGGGCGGCUGCUGCUUCACCACUCCUCUCCUCAGGGCGGCGCUGCAGGACCCAGAGAGUUAUGUUAGAGCCAGCGCCAUCUCUGCGCUGGCACAGACACUGGCAGCGAGCUGGCAGCAGGGGGCAGCACUCACUCAGGAGCAUACUGAAAUCGUGAACCAGCUGCUUGAAGUCCUCUCCCGGGACACAGAGGGAUUCGCCAGGAGGGCUGUCGUGCGAUACUUCAUCGCCUGGUUGUCUUCGCGUUCCUCACACUCGUCUCCGCCGCCGCUCGCCUCCUCCUCCCUCCUCAUGCCGUCUGUUCGCUCAGUCCUCUCUCGAGGCAGCGCCGACCUGGAUUGGGAGGUAAAGGUUCACACACUGGAGUUGGCAGAGCUGCUCCUGCACGAAGCCUUUUCAGGUCAGCGGGGUUACAUGAAAGGUAAUCCGACUCAAACACACCCCUACGCCGUGAUUCCUGACACGCUUCACACACGGACGCACAACGAGGAGGAUGUGGUCGGUGAGCUGAACAGUCUGGUCCAGUGGGGAGUCGUCUCAGUGUUGUUGAGUGGUCUGGUCGACUGCGACAGACCUGUAGCUCUGAGGGCCUGUCGGCUGCUCAUGACACUCAGAGAGGUGGUUUGUCCGCUGUCACUCGGGGCCCUGGAUGCAACUGCUGCCAUGGCAAUGGUUGCCAAAGUGACUUGUGAACUGCCCGGAUGCGGUUGGGCCCGAGAGAUCAGAAAGAUGCUGGCGACAAAGGCUAAAGACGCCGAGAGGGGUUGCAGUGUAGGGGAAGUGGUCGAUUGUGACGACUGUGGAGAGGCGGGACAGGAAGCGGCGAGCGUCGGGGGUCAGACGCCAUGUGUGAGUGUGUGUGAAGUGUUGAGGUCUCUGGAUUUGGAUGAGAGGUUGGACGUCCUGACCCGAAGCAGCGACCACGUUCACAACUCUCCCUUCUCACUGCUGCAGGACAUCCUGACCGCAAGUUCAGCUCACAGUCAACCCGACACACAACAGGAGGUCAUAGUGGACUGCUACUAACACACACACACACACGCACACACACAUGCACACACACACACGCGCGCAUGCACAUACAAAUGCUGAAAACACCAGAAUGUUGCAAGAUGUUCAUAUUUGUUGGCUUUUUCAUCAUAUAUUGUUGUUUUUAUAUGAUUUUUAAUAGAUUGAUAUAUUUGUGUGUGUCAAAUGCUGAAGUCUCUAGAUUUAGACUGCUACUAACACACACAAACACACACACACAAAGUCACCAUCAAGAGAUGUAAAAUCACCAAAAAGUCACUAAAUGACCUCAAAAAUGUAAAAUUACCGCAAAAAAGCACAAAAUUACCACACACACCCACACACAUACAAAUGCUAGAAUCAAUACAAAACAAUGUAAAAUCACAACCAAAAGAUGCCCAAGAACCUCAAAAAUUGUGAUGUUAUGACAAAAACAGGCAAAAAUUUCCCUGAAAGGACAAACACACACAGUCACACACACACUCAAGUUGCUGAAAACACCAGGAUGUUGCAGGAUGUUGUUGAUAUUUGUUGGCUUUUUCAUCAUAUAUUGUUGUUUUUUUAUAUAUUUCUGAGAAUAGAUUUUCAUGUAUUUUGACCAAACUAAUGCUGCCAAAUCUUACACCCAAACCUGAAACAUGACCUGACUCAAUUCUACUGCAUAUUACUGCUUUUUUUAUUACAGUAUUUCAUUCAUGACUCACCAUUACUACACUCUGGUCUCGUCCUACUGAUAUCCAAACAUGGAUGCAGGCAGCAGCUCGUCUAGACAGACCGUGUGAAAAGCAGUGUGGGCGGCUUUAUUGAUUUGAACUGGAAUGAUUUUGUUUUUUGUGAUGCCACUGAAAACUACAACAGUCGGUCGGUUUAGAGAGAAAAUCAUUACUGACUAAACGUUUAACCAAACACAAGCAGAUUACUGUGCCAACCAGUGCCAAAGAGUUUUACCUCGUAUAUGAAACGCGUCACACGAUUUUUCUUUACAUAAAUAAAAUGUGAAUAAAAAUACGGAAAUUGGUUGAA